AUGACCGAUAAAUGGAUCGAUACACUUCAUCGAGAUUUAAUUUUAUCGACUGCUUGUCAAUAUGAAUUGAAUGAUUGUAUUGAUCAUGCUCAAGAACUAUUUCAAGAAUGGUUCGAUCCAUCGAAUAAUACCACUGAAAUCAAUGAUCGAGAAAUUGUCUAUUGUACAAAUAUGCGUUUAGGUAAUCGUACUUUAUUUCAGUUUCUAUUGCAUCAAUAUCAAAUAACAAAUGAUUUACAAGAAAUUUCAAGAUUACAAUUGGCUCUAGCAUGUACAAAAGAUAUUCAAUUAAUUCAAUAUUUACUCGAAAUUUAUUUUAAUCCCAAAAUAAAUAUAAUUCAACGACAAGAUAUUUUUUCUGGAAUACGAUUGAUUUGUCGUAAUUCAAUAGCUAUCAAUGAAUGUUGGUCAUAUAUACGUUCACAAUGGAAAUAUUUAUUAGAAAAUUUUGGUCAAUCACUUUAUUUCAAUCAAUUUAUUAGAGAUGUUACAGGAAAGUUCAAUACUGAACAACAACUAAGCGAACUUGAAGUUUUCAUGGAACAGACAAUGGAUAAAGUGAGAUCAAUGUUUUGA